AAAUGAGACCGUGCCAUGUCCGUGUCCGUGUCCCAGCUCGCCCGACACCGCUCCCGGUCCCGGUCGCUGACCCCACCGGGAUCGGCGGCGGCGGGCGCGGUGCACGCUGGGGAUGGUAGUCCGGCGGAGGCAGCGGCGCCUUUAAGGCGCAGUCUCGCGAGAGGCGGCGGUCGUUGGGUGCGCGCGGCGCAGCCCGGGCCCGGAGUCAGGAUCGGGAUCGGGAUCGGGAUCGGGAUGAAGGAGGACAAGGAGAACGCCAGGCCCAAGGAGCGGCGCGGCGCCUCCGCCGGGCCCGGCGUUCUGCUGGCCGCGGCACCAGGCUCGGGCCCCGCCGCCGGCACGGACGGCAGAGCCGGCGCCGCCGAGCUCGAUCGCCUGGAGCGGCCCAAGGACAAGAAGGAGACGCUCAGCAAGGUGGUGAUCCGCCGGCUGCCGCCCAGCCUGACCAAGGAGCAGCUGGAGGAGCACCUGCAGCCUCUGCCCGAGCACGACUACUUCGAGUUCUUCGCGAACGACUCCAGCUUGUACCCGCACAUGUUCUCGAGAGCCUACAUCAACUUCAAGAACCAGGAAGACAUAGUCCUCUUCAGGGAUCGCUUCGACGGCUACGUUUUUGUGGAUCACAAAGGUCAGGAAUAUGCUGCCAUAGUUGAGUUUGCACCUUUCCAAAAAGCUGCAAAAAAGAAGAGCAAGAAAAAGGAUGCCAAAACUGGAACUAUUGAAGAUGAUCCAGAAUACAAGAAGUUUUUGGAAAGUUACAGUGCAGAUGAUGAAAAAUUAACCUCCACUCCUGAAACUUUGUUGGAGGAAAUAGAGGCAAGAAACAAAGAGCUAAUAGCUAAAAAGACUACUCCUUUAUUGAACUUCUUGAAAAAUAAACAGAGACUGAGAGAAGAAAAAAGAGAGGAGAGAAGGAGGAGAGAAUUAGAAAGAAAAAGACAAAGAGAAGAAGAAAGAAGAAAAUGGAAAGAAGAGGAGAGAAGGAAGAGAAAAGAAGCAGAAAAAUUGAAGAAAGUAGACAGAUGCCCAGAAAAAGAAAGAGACAGAUCAAAAGAAGAACCAAAGAUUAAGCUACUUAAGAAGCCUGAAAAAGAUGAAAAAGACUUGGAGAGAAAAGAAAAAUCCAAGAAACUGGAAAGAGAGACUCUGAGGGAGGAAAAAAAUGCGAGUAGUGCAUCUGCCAAACGAUCUGAUGGGGAGACAAAAGAAGAGAAGGCAAAAAAAUCAGAAGAUGAGUGUGUAAAGGACUACAGGGACCGAGAUAGAGAUUUUGACAGAGACAGAGAAUAUGAGAGAGCACAGAGAGAGAAGCUGAGACGGCAAGAAGAGGAGCGUCGGAGGCAGAAAGAGCGCUAUGAGAAAGAGAAGGUUUUUAGAAGAAAAGAGGAAGAUGUGAAAAAGGAGAGAGACUUGCUCAGAGAAAAGGGAAAGAAAAGUGAUCUUACAGACUUUACCAGCAGCAUGGACAAAUCUGAGAAAGUAACCAAAGACGAUAAAAAAGAGGAUACAGUUAAGAGGGAUCGUAUCAGAAACAAGGAUCGCCCAGCAAUGCAGCUGUACCAGCCCGGAGCGCGAAGCCGGAGCAGAUUGUGUCAGUAUGAAGACAGUGCUGCAAAGCCCCCAGAUCAGGCAGUGGAUAAGAAACAAGAGGGUGAGACCAGUCACACGAAGGAAGAGGAGUGACUGAUGUGGCAGCCUUAUGUGUUCUGACUGUCUGUGCAGCCAAAGAGCAUGUACUACUACGCAAUCCAGAAGUGCCUUCGGAGCGAAAAAGGAACAAAGGAAGAAAAGGGGGCAUUGUGCUGUUGGAUGUUUCUGGUUAAAGAACCUCAGUUGUAGAUUCCAAA